AUAAAACCAUGAGCAAUGUUGAUUGAGUGGGUAAAUUUAUUUUUUUUUCAGUGUCCAAGAGGUUCCUUUGUCAGUCAACAAAACACCUGUCUGCCAUGCAACUGCAAGGGCCACGCCGACUACUGUGAAGACAUCACUGGCAUCUGUAUUAACUGUAAGGAUCACAGCACAGGGGAUUUUUGUGAAAUGUGUGAAGACGGCUAUAUCCUGAGCUCCAGACAGGACAGGCUCCAUGCCUGCGUCCCCUGCUCCUGCCCCCUCUCUGCCCCCUCCAAUAACUUCGCUGUGUACUGCAAAAAAGGGAUUAGCACUCUGCAGUGCAAGUGCAAAGAGGGCUACGCUGGAAAUCACUGUGAGAGGUGUGCCCCAGGUUACUAUGGCAACCCAAUGCUGAUUGGUUCAUCUUGUAAGAGGUGCGACUGCAACGGCAACACAGACCCUAACCUGAUCUUCAAUGAGUGCCACAAUGUGACGGGCCGCUGCCAGCACUGCUGGGGAAACACAGCUGGCGCCAGCUGCGAGCGCUGUGCCCCCGGUUUCUAUGGCGAUGCCAUCAGUGCCAAGAACUGCAGAGAGUGCGAGUGUGACAAAUGCGGCACCUCGUCAUGUGACGACAGGACAGGAGUGUGUCACUGCAAGCCCGGAGUCAAAGGUCGCCUCUGUGACCAGUGUGAGGAGGGUUACUUUGGCUUCUCCAGCUGUCAGGGCUGCAGGAGGUGUGAAUGUGGGCCAGCUUCCCUUCGCACAACGUGCCACCCGCUCACCCACAGCUGUCCCUGCCGCCCAGGGGCCGGAGGCCGCUACUGCGAGCGCUGCCUCACAGGAUACUGGGAUUACAGUCCGUCCGGCUGCCAGAAGUGUGACUGUGAGAGCGGCCACUGCAACAUGCACACAGGAGAAUGCCUGUCGGAGGCCACGGUCAACCUCUGCUACAACGACUGUGAUGAUUGCAUCUGGCAGCUCAUCAAAGACCUAACGUCGUCCAAUAAGACGCUGGACCAGCUGAAGGUCGGAGUGCUGAACAUCUCCACGGGGGCUGCUGCCAACGACAGGCUCAAGUACUACAACUACACCGCUCACCUCCUGCAGAGGCAGUUUGAAGGCUGGAGGAAUAAUUUGUCUGUAAUGAGAGGAAGGACUGGUGAGCUAGAAGAGGCUGCAGACGCUGUGGUGGUGGACAUCAACUCACUCGGAGAGUCGGAGGACCAGAUGAACAAACGGGGGGUUCAGUUGGAAACCGAGACGGUGGGCAUGUUGGCUGUGGCUGAGCAGCUCAGCACCAACCUCACAGAUCUCAACAAACGCAUCGAAGAUAUGAUCCACGACUGGGAACUGUACAACGUCCAGCAGGAGAUGGAUCCAGAGACCGUCGGGCAUAACACAGAGGUCGCACAGGAAAUGGUGUCAUGGAUGAGACAGCUCGACUGGUCACCACGGGAACCCAUCGCCACGGACGAAACAACCAAAGCUCACGACUUGCUGACGCGCGUCCGUCAGUUGGAGAAGAAGCUGAUGAUCUCACAGGGCCGAGUCCCGUCCGUCCAGGAGAUCCUGUCCCGUUUCUCCUCCAGACUCUCUGAGGCCCGGGACUUUCUGCUGAGCGCAGCCGACACCGUGCAGGAAGCAGAGGACAAGAACAGAGCCAACCUCCUCAAAUUCCAGAGGAAAGAGACAAAACAGCAGAGACUGACAGAGGACCAGCUGGCCAUCAAUGGCACACUGGAGACCAGCAGAACCUUCAUCUCUGACGCUGAGAGGACUGUGGCUGAGGUGGACGCUAUAGCACAGAAUGUGACAGAGUACUACGCCGAGAUCGACGGUGCCAGCCAGGAGCUGACUGAGAAGACAGAGCGUCUGUCCAAGGUGGACAGAGACCUGGUCCAGAAGGCCGAUGACCACGCUGUGCAGCUAGAGAGGCUGGCCUAUGAGCUGGAGGAGGAUCUGAAAGAAGGCGAUGCCAAUGGUUUCGUUCAGAGAGCAAUAAGUGCUGCCAACGUCUACAACAACAUAGUGAAAUACAUCGACGAUGCCAACAUCACUUCCCUCACUACGCUCAACUUAUCUCAGAGAGCAGAAGACGCCAUUGAUGCGAUUAAAACCCAGCUUGGACAUCUGGUGACGGAGAGUGAAAAUGCCUUCCGGCAAUCUGUUACACUGAGAUCAGAACAGCAUGAUGUAGAUACACAAGUGGCUGACAGUGUGCUAUACAUCGAGGAGACCCAGAGGACCAUGGAAAAAAAUCAGAAAAAACUAGAAGAGAUAACGAAUGACAUCCAGGUGAUUCAGACAGACAGAACCCCGCAGCGUUUGAACUUUUCCUUGGAAGUGGCAGAAGAGACUCUGAACCGCUCAACAGAGGUGCUUGAGACCGUCACUCCCAUCAACAGUAAAGUGCAGCAGUGGGCUCACAACAUGAGAAACAACGAGUACUCUGCCUCUGCGUACGAAAAUGCUGUUGCAUCUGCUGGGGAAGCAGUGGAAAACCUGAGUGUGCUUGUUCCUGAGCUGCUGGACAAGCUGAAGGUGGUUGAAGAGAAGAAGCCUGUGAACAACGUGACCACCAACAUCCUGAGGAUCAGAGAGCUCAUCGCUCAAGCCAGAAGUGUGGCCAAGAAAGUUCAGGUGUCCAUGAAAUUUACUGGACGGUCUUCAGUUGAGGUUCAUCCGCCCAGCAACCCUGAGGAGCUGAAGACGGUGACAUCCAUCAGCCUGUUCAUGAGGGUGGACCCAGACAAAGACCCCAUAGAGGACCGCUUCAUCCUGUAUUUGGGAGACAGAAGUGGCAGGAAGGACUACAUGGGUUUGGCCAUCAAGAAUGAUAAACUUGUGUUUGUGUACAAUCUCGGGAGAGACGAUGUUGAAAUCCCUCUGACCUCCAAGCCUGUCAGUCAGUGGCCAGCAGUCUUCAACUAUAUCAAAAUAGAAAGGUUGGGGAGGCAUGGAAAAGUCUUCCUGACUAUUCCCAGUCAGGGCUCCACAGAUGAGCAGAAAUUCAUCCAGAAAGGCGAAGCUCCCAUCGUAGACUCACUGUUCGAUAUCGACCCCAAGAAUCUGGUGUUCUUCAUCGGAGGUGUUCCACCAGACAUCGAGCUGCCUCCUCCUCUGAGCCUGGCCCCGUUUGUGGGCUGCAUCGAGUUGGCUUCUCUCAACAACGAUGUCAUCAGUCUGUACAACUUCAAAGAGACUCACUUUUUAAAUAUAGCUGCUUCUCCUCCCUGCCCCAGGUACAAGUUGGCGUUCUCCCAGAGUCGCAUUGCCAGCUAUCUGUUUGAUGGAACGGGCUACGCACUUGUCAGUAACAUUGAGAGGAGAGCCAAGUUUGGUCAAGUCAUAAGAUUUGAUAUUUCUGUACGAACGAUCACAAACAACAGCACCAUCUUCCUCAUGGUCAACGGGAAAAAUUUUUUCCUUUUAGAGAUAAAGAAUGGCUUCCUGCGCCUAACAUACGACUUUAACUUCAGCAAUGGACCAAAACUUCUGGAGAAUAACUCACCUAAGUUUCAAAUAAACGAUGCAAAAUACCACGAGGUGUCAGUGAUCUACCAUAUGUUAAAGAAAGUUAUUCUACUGGUGGACAAGACCCUUGUUAAAACUGUAGAGAAUCCCCAAACCUCCCUGCCUUUCUCAGAUAUCUACAUCGGUGGAGCUCCCUCCAGCAUCCUCAAAUCCAGGCUGGAGCUGUCUUCUGUAGUUGGCCUGAAGGGUUGUGUCAAAGGAUUCCUGUUCCAGAAAAAAGACUUUAACCUACUGGAGGAGCCUGGUACUGUUGGGAUCAGCAGCGGCUGCCCAGAGGAGUUGGUUAUGUCCCGCGAAGCUUCGUUCAGUGGCCACAGCUACCUGGGGUCCACCGCAAAAAUCUCACCCUUCGACAACUUCGAAGGAGGGCUUAACUUCAGAACACUGCAGCCCAGUGGACUACUGUUCUACCAUGCUCAAGGGUCUGAUGAGUUCAGCAUCGCGCUGGAGAACGGAGCUGUCACACUGAACCACAGAGGGUCAAAGGUCAAAUCACAGAAGAAGCAAUACAACGACGGAAGGACACACUUCUUACUGGCUUCAGUGAACAAGCAGAGGAAUUUACUGCUAGUGGACGACAAAGACAAAAAGGAGUUAAAGCGAUUGCAGUCAGCUGCAAAGUCCUCUUCUGAUUCUCCUAUAAAGACAUUUUACUAUGGAGGCUCUCCAAGAAGCAUCUUAAAGAACUUCACUGGUUGCAUCAGCCAUGCAUACAUCAGCAGACAAGACCGAGACAUUGAGGGUGAGGACUUCCAGAAGUACACCGAGAAGGUGAAUGUUUCCCUGGAGAACUGUCCAAUACAGCGACGUCCCGCUGGACUGAUGUCUCACCACAGGGGGUCUUCUAAAGCUAAACAGAGCCAGUCUCAAAAGGUUGCCAGAGAUAAGUCCAGUCAUCUUCCAGAACUGCCCAGUUCUAAUCUGGAGUCAUCAGAGCCAAACGUCCAGUUUUGCCAUCUCUCCCCCAGACCUAGAUCAACUCGCCAAUCCUUCCACUAUGGCGGCAUUGCCAACAGCAGGCAGCACUACGAGGGAAUCCCUGAUUCUCUAUCUGAAAGGUGCCACUUGUCUCUGUUCCUGAAGUUGGAGUCACCUUUCGGCCUCAUCUUUUAUGCAUCAGAUGUCCAAGAGGACAACUUUAUGGCUCUGUUUGUGGCCGAUGGAAAACUCGUGUUUAGUUUCAGUGUGGGAGACCAGAAAGUUCAAAUUAGGAGUGAAGAGAAAUAUGAUGAUGGUGCAUGGCACAGUAUUGUUUGUGUCCGUGAUGGGAGUAUGGGGCGACUAACUAUCGACAGGCUGACAGAGUUUGAGGACAGAGCUCAGGCAAACAAUGUCCCCUGGCGUGUCAGCGACUCUUUCUUUGUCGGAGGAGUUCCUCCAGGAAAAGCACAAAGGAAUAUUCAGAGAAACUCUGCUUACAGCUUCACUGGCUGUUUGAAGAACCUUCAGCUUGAUGGACGGAGGUUGUCCUCUAUGACUGAGAGUUACGGGGUCGGUCCAUGCUUUGAAGGACUCUCUGAGGAUGGAACGUACUUCUCAGAGGAGGGAGGAUAUGUGGUUUUGGAUGAAUCCUUUGAACUGGGACUGAGGUUCGAGUUAACAAUGGAGGUGCGCCCUCGUGUGGCCUCAGCGGUGCUACUGCAUGUGCGCUCGGCAGAGGGUUAUUUCAUAAUGUACAUCCAUCAAGGAGCGGUGGUUGUUGUUGUUCAUGACGGAAAACAUGAGUUCUCUACGAAGGUGUCACCGAGACAUGGUGUGUGUGACGGCUCCUGGCACAGAAUAACAGUGAUCCGGGAUGCCAACGUUGUCCAGCUGGAUGUGGACUCUGUGAUCAAACACGUUGUGGGCCCCGUGAACCCCCGCUCCACAGACACCAGGAAGCCGAUAUUUAUCGGUGGAGCUCCAGAUGACUUCCUCCCAGGCAGUGUUGCCACCAGGAAGCCCUACGUGGGCUGCAUGAAGAACCUGACCAUCAACAAGAGCCCAGCAAGCUUCAGCAAGACGGUUUUGGUGAUUGGAGCCAUCAGUGUGGGAAGCUGUCCUGGAGCAUAAUAUUUAUCAGUAGCCCCGUCACAGCACUGACCAAACUCAUUUUAGAAUGUCUUAAUAAUACCCACUAAGAGUAUGUUCAUUCGCUCCAGUUCUUGCUUCAUUGUCUAAGUCACCAUUUUUGUUUUCCACCAAGAAAAUGACCAAAGCUUCCAGAUCAAAGUUUAAAAUCUGACGAGUAAAAAUGUUUCAAGAUAAAAUAUAUCCUGUGGAAUUUAU